UUUGCAAAAGAGAAGAAGCUUGAUUAAGGUAAUUAUUAUCAAUUUAGAACAAUGGGAAGCAAUAGUUUUGCAGCUGAUCACAAGGUGAAGAAGGCUGUUGGUCUGGCCAAGGUACUAGCACUGGGCACCGCCAACCCACCCAACGUUGUUUAUCAGGACACCUUCCAUGACUACUACUUCAGAAUCACUAAUAAUGAACACAAGGUUGAGCUCAAGCAAAAGUUCAAGCGCAUAUGUGAGAAGUCAAUGAUCAAGAAGAGGCACUUCUUCCUGAACGAAGAGAUGCUAAAAGAGAGACCCAACUUGUGUUCCUUCAUGGAUCACUCUUCACUGAACACCAGGCAUGAUAUAAUGGUGGAAGAGGUGCCAAAGCUGGGAGCAAAGGCAGCCAUAAAAGCUCUGGAGGAAUGGGGACGUCCACGCUCAGACAUCACUCACCUAAUCUUUUGCACCACCGGUGGUGUCGACUUGCCCGGGGCUGACUACCAGAUAAUUAAGCUUCUCGGUCUCUCGCCCUAUACUAAGCGUGUUAUGCUUUACAGUCAGGGUUGCUUCGCUGGUGGUACUGUGCUACGUAUAGCUAAGGAUCUGGCCGAAAACAAUGUGAACGCUCGUGUGCUCAUUGUAUGUUCUGAGAUCACAGCCAUAUGUUUCCGUGGUGCUGAUGAUGUUCACAUUGACAACCUCGUCGGGCAAGCCAUGUUCGCAGAUGGCUCAGCUGCAGCGGUGAUCGGUGCUGAUCCCAUCCCUGGUGUAGAGAACCCUUACUUUGAGCUUGUGUCCACUGACCAACUUAUACUCCCUGAUAGUGAUGGAGCCAUUGAAGGCCACUUGAGGGAAGUGGGACUCACAUUCCAUUUGCAUAACCAAGUGCCAAACAUGAUAGGCAAUAACAUAGAGAAGAGCUUGGUGAAAGCGUUUGAGCCACUAGGGAUAUGGGAUUGGAACUCGCUUUUUUGGAUUGCCCAUCCUGGAGGGCGUGCCAUCCUUGACAGGAUUGAGGAGAAGUUGGAGCUGAAGCCGGAGAAACUGAAAGCCACUCGGAAUGUGCUGAGUGAGUAUGGGAACAUGUCCAGCGUAUGUGUGUUCUUCAUCAUGGAUGAGAUGAGAAAACGCUCGGUGGCUGAAGAGAAGGGUACUGCAGGAGAAGGACUUGAGUGGGGAGUGCUCUAUGGAUUCGGCCCAGGACUAACUAUGGAGACUGUUGUUCUCCAUGCUCUCCCUCUCCAUGGCGUUGUUUCUAAUGAAAACUAGCUGGCGUGCUUGUAUAUGCAUGUGUGGAACAAGUAUUUUGUUUCGUAUAUAUAUAUAUAUAUAUAUAUGUUCUUCUGGGUUUAAAUAAAUUUUAUCUAAAUGUAACUCGUGAAAUAAUUGAUAAUAAGACAUAAGAUUUU